AAUCAUGAAGACAUCUCUGGUCCUCCUUACCCUCAGCCUACUGGCUUGUUCAGGUGAGCUUUCAUUUGUUAACUCAAGUAGUAACUGCUGUAAAUGGAGCAGAUCCAUUCGAUUGGGUCACGGUGUACGAUAAUCUGUAAAGGGGGGGACCUAAAAUCCACUCCAAGUUCACCUUUCGUUUCAGUACAAUAUAAUGGAAUGUUGUACCAUUUUUACUUCACAGUUUGGGACGUCUGUGGACAAUGCCAAGAGGUUAACCUUGAUGACCAGGAAGUAGUAGAAGCACAGCCAGAAAAGCACAUGGUGCAACAGUUAAAGGGAACAUGCUGGGCGUGUAUGUGGGCACUGAACAAAGUGAAGAAACACAUCUCCUCUUCCUCUAGCGAGGUGCAGAUAAAGCAGAAGCUAUUGUCUGUUUGCGAUAAAUUGGGCCUCCUUAAAUCUCUGUGUAAAGGCAUGGUGAAAAAGCACUUGUGGGUGUUGGUUGAGGAGCUUAGCACCAGCGAUGACGUGAGGACCAUCUGCGUUAACAUUAAGGCCUGCAAACCAAAAUACAUUUUGGAUCUGAGCUACUGACCAAGCAGCCAGUAUCCAGAUUCCAAAGUGAGAAGAUGGAUGUUCAGGUGUCAAGACAAUGCUAUGCUAUGCUGCCAGCCUCUUGCCUUUUCUCAAAUUCGUCACGACACAAGAAUGAUAUGUUAUUGGAAUGAUUAUAUGUUCUCAAAUAAUGUUUUUGGAACAUUAUUAUAAUAGUGUAUAGUCAUUCUUAAAUUGCAGAACAUUUUUUAUCAUGUAAUUUUGGUUCACUUUUUGCUAUUUUAGUAUAAAAUGUUAUUCUCUGAA